AUGCAACUGUUUCAGGUAGAAUAUGAACUGAAGAAGCGUUUACCACCAAAAUAUCAAAAGUCAAAAAAUGAUAUCUACAUAACAAGAAAUACAUCGCUGUCGAGACAGUCGAAUCGCGUUCAGAAAAUAUUGGACUCUGAACUGGACGAGGUGGUAUUGCAUGGAAUCGGUGCGGCCGUGAGUCGUACGCUGAAUUUGGCACUUCAGAUUCAGCGAAAGUUAUCCAAUUCGGUUCAACUUCACAUUCGAACGAGUACUGUGAAGGUGACCGAUGAUUUGUUUCCGCUUUAUGACGAAGUCGAUUUCACGUCAAGAAAUCGUUCGAUAUCAGCCAUUCACAUACGCAUAUCACGUCGAGUACUGCCUUGA